GAAUGAUAUAAAGAGUGCCUUGACUCCUGCUCAGCUCAGCACUCCGCCAGAGCCUCUGCCUCCGCCUUACUGUGAGUCUGACCCCUCUGUCUUUCAGGUUGACAGCAGCUUAUAAGAUGUCCCAACAACACACGCUGCCAGUGACCCUCCCCCCUGCCCUCAGUCAGGAGCUCCUCAACACUGUUCCUCCUCCAAUCAAUACCCAGCAGGAGCAAAGGGAGCAGCCAGUUCCACUGCCUCCCCCGUGCCAGAAGGUGCCUGUCGAGCUCCCAGUGGAGGGCCCGUCAAAGCAUGAGGAAAAACACGUGACUAUUGUAAAGGGAGUGCCUGAGCACGAAUGUGAGCAGCAGCAGCAAGCACAGGGGCAGGAACGGCAGCAACAGCACUGGGGGCAGGACAAGGAACAUCAGAAAGCAGGAAACCCUGAGCAACAGCUUAAGCAGGAGGAAGCACAAAGGGAGAAGCAGCAGCUACAGGGACAGCUGGAAGAAGAGAAGAAGCUCUUGGACCAGCAACUGGAUCAAGAGCUAGCCAAGAGAGAUGACCAACUGGGAACAAAGAAAAAGCAAUUGUUGGAGUUCCCAGAGCAGCAGGAGGGGCAACUGAAGCACCUGGAGCAGCAGGAGAAGCCGUUGGAGCUCCCAGAGCAACAGAGUGGGCAGCCGAAGUACCUGGAGCAGCAGGAGGGGCAGCUGAAGCACCUGGAAGAGCAGAAAGGGCAGCUGAAGCACCUGGAGCAGCAGGAGGGGCAACUGGAGCUCCCAGAGCAGGUGGAUCAGCCAAAGCACCUGGAACAGCUGGAGAAGCAACUAGAACACCCAGAGCAGCAGGAGGGGAAGCUGAAGAAGCUGGAGGAGGAGGAGGAGCAGUUGAAGCAUCUAGAGCAGCAGGAGGAACAGCUGAAGCAUCUGGAGCAGCAGGAGGGGCAGCUAGAGCACCUGGAGCAGCAGGAGGGGCAGCUGGAGCUCCCAGAGCAGCAGGUAGGGCAGUCAAAGCACCUGGAGCAGGAGGAGAAGCAGCUGGAACACCCGGAGCAGCAAGAGGGGCAGCUGAAACACCUGGGGAAGCAGGAGGCACAGCUGGAGCUCCCAGAGCAGGUGGGGCAGCCAAAGCACCUGGAGCAGCAGGAGAAGCAACUAGAGCACCCAGAGCAGCAGGAGGAACAGCAGGAGGGGCAGCUGAAGGACCUGGAACAGCAGGAGAGGCAGCUGGAGCAGCCCGUGUUUGCCCCAGCUCCAGGCCAGGCCCAAGACAUCCAACAAGCCCUGCCCUCAAAGGGUGAAGUGUUGCUUCCUGUAGACCAGCAGCAGCAGAAGCAGGAGGUGCAGUGGCAGCAAAAGUAACCACCUGCAGUGUCCAGAGGCCCUCAGAUCGUCUCACACAAGAGAAGAGAGAGCCACUGUUCCCAAUUAAUUCGGGUCCCCUAGGUGUCCCGUCUCAUCUGUGAACUUGACUCUGCCCCUCCACAUGUCUCUUUAACAGGGUGAGGGUGAGGGAGAGAGGGAAUUAUUGUCCAGUGCCACCCUCAAUGAGCCCAAUCCCAACCUCAGGUGAGCAGAGCCUCUACUUGAGGGACUGCUGUUACAAUAGGAAUCCCUACUUCCCCAGUACUGAAGCCGAAUCAGUGAGUGUGUACAAUGAUACGUAAUAAAUCCUGGAAGUCUUGGGAUCCUCUA